AUGGUCGCUGAAUCUUUCAAGCUGAAAUGCGACAAUGAUUCGCCUCUUUGCAGCAAUUGUCGUGCGUAUGGCAAAGACUGCGUCUAUGUGGAAAGAUCGAAACGUGCCAGGCCGACAAACGCUGUCAUCUCCGCCUUGCGUGAGGAAAACCUUGGCUUGCGUUCUCAGCUUUCUGCUGAACCGUCCAAUGACCACGCCGGCACGCUCUCGCACGUUGCACUUCAAGAUGUCCCAUCAGAUACACUGCCUCUUCCGGUGUCCCAGGCUUCUAGGGUCCACAACCGGGCGCCUGCGUCCAUCAGCAACAACGCCACAUAUCACGGCCCUACGAGCACACUAUAUGAAGAUGCUCCCGCAGCAAGACAUUCGCAGAAAUGGUUUUCGGGCGAACGUGAGUCUCGAAUGUCUACUUCCCUGUUUGCGGAAGCUGCCAAGCAGAGACAGCUGGAGGCUGUAAAUGCCGCUCGCGGGCUGCUUGACUUCGACGGUCUCGAUCCAGAGAUGGGUCUCCACCUACUGAAUCUUCACUGGAAUCGACAGCACCAUUCGUUCCUGGUAACUUACCGUCCAGCGUUUAUGCGCGACAUGGCGUGCGAUGGGCCGUAUUUCUCCAAGAUCUUGCUAAAUGCCAUCUAUUUUGGAUCGUCCAAGUUUAGCCCUCGAUUGGAGCUUCGGACAGAUCCCAGCGACGUGCGCACGGCUGGUGCAAAAUUCAGACAACAUCUUCUGGGAGAAGCAAUGGAUCAAUCUAGAAUCACAACAAUCCAGGCUCUCCUACAAAUGACCAAUUCCUUGUUCGCUCUUGGCGACGAGCAAAGCGCAGCAUGGCUAUAUGCGGGCCUCGCCUUUCGUAUGAUAAUCGAUCUAGGUUUACACAUUGAUGCGAUCCUGAUGACCGACAUUCGUGGACUCUCGGAUGAGGAUUUAGAGGUGCGAAGACGUGUGUUCUGGAGUGCUUUCAUCGUCGACAAAAUUCAGUCACUCUAUCAAGGUCGCCCAGCGGCACUGCAAGUAUCGGAAUGUGAUGUGCCUAUCUGUUUCAAGGAUGAAUACGAAGAGCUUGAGUACUGGACCCCUUUCGCUUACUCUGGAAACUCGUCAUACUCGGGCUCGUGCAGCUACAGUGUGUCCACAUUCACACAAUUAUGUCGGCUUUGCACAAUCUUGAACCAAAUCCUUAACAAAGUCUAUCGGGAGAAGGGGAUGAUGGAGAGUCCAGAUACUCUGAAAGACGACCUGGCUUCUCUGGAGUCUGCCUUGGCUCAGUGGACGGAUCAGCUCCCCUCUCACCUCAGCUUGAGCUUAGAUCGUGAGCAUGAUACAGGAAGCAUUCCCCCUCCACACGUCUUGUCGCUAUUGGCCAUCGCAAACUUUAUGCGCAUCCUCUUACACCGACCCUUCGUUUCAGAUGGACAUUUGCACUCCAACUCGCCCUCCGUUGCCGUGGGCUCCUUCAAGCAGUGCGCCACCGCUGCCACGAAUAUCGUCAAGCUCGUCAGAAUGUACGAUCGUGCGUAUAGUGUGAGCAGAGCACCGUACCUCAUUUCUUAUGCCACAUAUGUGGCCGCCACCAUUCAAGCUCGCAUAGCCUCGAAAAGAGGUGCCUCUUCCGAAGCGCACAGUUGUCUAAGAACAUGCAUGUCGGUGCUGCGACAUAAUUCAGCAACCAAUUACGCCGUCAGGAAAGCGAUCUAUGUCAUUGAGAACUUGAUGGCACGUUUAGGCGUCGAAGCGGGCGAGAAACCACAAAAUUCCGAAAUCAACGCUUCAACAGCGCCGAAUGAUCAUCUGCACCUCAUGUCAAAUGAUCAAGGUAUAAGCCCUGGUCACUUCGCUGAUCUGGAGGCGACCUUCGUUGCAGGUAAUAUGGCUCCGGAUCUAGAUGUCGAUGCCAUCAUUCGAAGCUUCGUACAAGAGUCUGCAAUCAACAACGAUGCCACGGCGAGUGCUGAUUGUAAUCAGUCUGUGUAUCCAGGCGAGCUGAGAUUCGAGGACAUGAUCUUUGGAUUCAAUGCAUCUGAUUUCGAUGCCAUGAUCUAG